AUGGUUGAACACACGGUAGGUUUAACACACGCCCGCCCCAUUCUCCUGCUUUCCAUCAGCCCGCCCCAAUCUCCCGCUUUCCAUCACCCUGCCCCAAUCUUCCGCUUUCCAUCACCCUGCCCCAUUCUCCCUCUUCCAUCACCUUGCCCAUUCUCCCGCUUUCCAUCACCCCGCCCCAUUCUCCCGCUUUCCAUCACCCCGCCCCAUUCUCCCGCUUUCCAUCCCCCCGCCCCAUUCUCCCUCCUUCCAUCACCCCGCCCCAUUCUCCCGCUUUCCAUCACCCCGCCCCAUUCUCCCGCUUUCCAUCACCCCGCCCCAUUCUCCCGCUUUCCAUCACCCCACCCCCUUCUCCCUCCUUCCAUCACCCCGCCCCAUUCUCCCUCCUUCCAUACCCCGCCCCAUUCUCCCGCUUUCCAUCAGCCCGCCCCAUUCUCCCGCUUUCCAUCACCCCUCCCUUUCUCCCGCUUUCCAUCUCCCCGCCCCAUUCUCCCGCUUUCCAUCACCCCGCCCCAUUCUCCCGCUUUCCAUCACCCCGCCCCAUUCUUCCGCUUCCAUCAUCCCGCCCCAUUCCCCGCUUUCCAUCACCCCCCCAUUCUCCCUCCUUCCAUCACCCCACCCCAUUCUCUCGCUUUCCAUCACCCCGCCCCAUUCUCCCGCUUUCCAUCACCCCCCCCAUUCUCCCGCUUUCCAUCACCCCGCCCCAUUCUCCCGCUUUCCAUCACCCCGCCCCAUUCUCCCUCAUUCCAUCACCCCGCCCCAUUCUCCCUCUUUCCAUCACCCCGCCCCAUUCUUCCGCUUCCCAUAACCCACCCCAUUCUCCCGCUUUCCAUCACCCUGCCCGUUUUCCACUUUCCAUCACCCCGCCCCCUUCUCUCUCCUUCCAUCACCCCGCCCCAUUCUCCCUCCAUCCAUCACCCCGCCCCAUUCUCCCGCUUUCCAUCAGCCCGCCCCAUUCUCCCGCUUUCCAUCACCCCGCCCCUUUCUCCCGCUUUCCAACUCCCGCCCCAUUCUCCCGCUUUCCAUCACCCGCCCCAUUCUCCCGCUUUCCAUCACCUCGCCCCAUUCUUACGCUUCCCAUCAUCCCGCCCCAUUCCACCGCUUUCCAUCACCACUCCCCAUUCUCCCUCCUUCCAUCACCCCGCCCCAUUCUUCCGCUUUCCAUUACCCGCCCCAUUCUCCGCUUUCCAUCACCUCGCCCCAUUCUCCCGCUUUCCAUCACCCGCCCCAUUCUUCUGCUUUCCAUCACCCCGCCCCAUUCUCCCGCUUUCCAUCACCCCGCCCCAUUCUCCCUCCUUCCAUCACCCCGCCCCAUUCUCCCUCCUUCCAUCACCCCGCCCCAUUCUCCCACUUUCCAUCACCCCACCACAUUCUCCCGCUUUCUAUCACCCCGCCCCAUUCUCCCGCUUUCCACCACCCCGCCCCAUUCUCCCGAUUUCCAUCACCCCGCCCCAUUCUCCCGCUUUCCAUCAUCCCGCCCCAUUCUCCCUCCUUCCAUCACCCCGCCCCAUUCUCCCACUUUCCAUCACUCCGCCCCAUUCUCCCUCCUUCCAUCACCCCGCCCCAUUCUCCCUCCUUCCAUCACCCUGCCCCAUUCUCCCGCUUUCCAUCACCCCGCCCCAAUCUCCUGCUUCCCAUAACCCCACCCCAUUUUCCCGCUUUCCAUCACCCCGCCAUGUUCUCCCACUUUCCAUCACCCCGCCCCCUCUCUCUAGUUUCCAUCACCCCGCCCCAUUCUCCCUCUUUUCAUCACCCCGCCCCAUUCUUCCGCUUUCCAUCAGCGCGCCCCAUUCUCCCGCUUUCCAUCACCCCUCCCCUUUCUCCCGCUUUCCAUCACCCCACCCCCUUCUCCCUCCUUCCAUCACCCCGCCCCAUUCUCCCUCCUUCCAUCACCCCGCCCCAUUCUCCCGCUUUCCAUCAGCCCGCCCCAUUCUCCCGCUUUCCAUCACCCUCCCCUUUUCUCCCGCUUUCCAUCUCCCCGCCCCAUUCUCCGCUUUCCAUCACCCCGCCCCAUUCUCCCGCUUUCCAUCACCCCGCCCCAUUCUCCCGCUUCCAUCAUCCCGCCCCAUACCCCGCUUUCCAUCACCCCCCCAUUCUCCUUGCUUUCCAUCACCCGCCCCAUUCUCCCGCUUUCCAUCACCCCCCCAUUCUCCCGCUUUCCAUCACCCCGCCCCAUUCUCCGCUUUCCAUCACCCCCCCCAUUCUCCCUCAUUCCAUCACCCCGCCCCAUUCUCCCUCUUCCAUCACCCCGCCCCAUUCUUCCGCUUCCCAUAA